AUGAGGCCACAGAUGACAUCGCUCAGCCGAGCGCCUCACCGAAACCUCUUCACCCCCGGUCGGGCCCCAUCUGGAGCGCGCAGUUUUGCCGCAACCACAGCACUUCCGCUGCGCAGAGACAGCAAUCGGCCUACAUUGUUUGGCUUGAAGGUUGGCACAUGCUUCCAGCAGCAAAGAUGGAUUACACAAAAACAUAUUCAGCGCAUGAAAGAUGGGGAGGCCGAGUGGGCUAGGUUUGCCAAAGAGAUUAAGGCUGGGACGAGGAAGAAUUUCGCACAACACUUGGAGGAGCGAGGGUUGAUUCAUGAUGUUGUUGGAGAACGCGACUUGUUGCAUAAGGUCUUGACUGAGAAGCGGGCUGGUAUAUACGUUGGUAUUGACCCGACUGCCCCGUCAAUGCAUGUUGGACAUAUGCUCCCAUUCAUGGUUUUGGCUUGGGGUUAUGUCUGGGGUUUGCCGGUCACAUUUUUGCUCGGCGGUGCUACAUCUAGAGUUGGCGAUCCUAGCGGGCGUCUUAAGGGACGUGACGCAGUUCAUUCCUCUAUCCGAAAGGCAAACAUGGCCAGUAUGCACAUGCAAUUGAAGAAAUUGGGUGCGAGCAUUGAACAAUAUGGCCGGAGACACGGACACGAAAGGCACCCAAUGUGGAAGCGGGCGUUGACAAAUAACAAUACUUGGUGGAACUCCAUGCCGUUCCUUGAGGUGCUGCGCGACCUUGGUGCUUUCAUGCGUCUUGGACCCAUGCUCGGGAGAGAUACUGUCAAGAAUCGAUUGAGCCACGGUGAUGGUAUGUCCUUUGCUGAGUUCUCCUACCCUAUCCUACAAGCUUGGGAUUGGUGGACAUUGUUCCAAAAGGGUACCCAGAUCCAAGUUGGAGGUGCCGAUCAGUAUGGAAAUAUUCUCUUCGGCAUGGAAGCUGUGAAGUCUGUCAGUCGAAACACUGCCGAUGAGCAACUCCGCGACCCGUUGGAGUCUGAAGUGGACCGUCCUAUUGGUUUCACUACACCACUCCUCACAGCUCCGAAUGGCGAGAAGUUUGGAAAAUCCGCAGGCAAUGCUAUCUGGCUCGAUAAGGACCUGACUUCUACAUUUGAGCUGUAUCAAUUCUUCGUGCGCACGCCUGAUGAUACCGUCGAGCGCUACCUCAAGCUAUUCACUUUUAUCCCGUUGCCUGAAAUCGCGACUAUCAUGGAAGAGCAGAAUAAGGAUCCUUCCAAGCGUGUUGCACAACACGCGCUCGCCUUCGACUUUGUCGAGCUUAUUCAUGGCAAGGCUGAAGCUGAUGCUGUCGCUCUCCAACACCGUCAGCUCUUCCGACCUCGUUCUUCAACUGCCGCCCCAUCCCCCCUCUCUAAAUCUUCCGCCCCUCCUUCCAGCCACGCUAAAUCUCCCACUGCUGGCUUCGAUACCCCUCAAUCUGGCAACCCUUAUGCUCCUCAAACCAACUUUGCCAACAUGGGUGAUAUGAAAGUUACACUUCCCAGAUCCCUCGUGUUCAAUCAGCCGUUCAAUAAGAUUCUCUGGUCAGCGGGUCUUGUUUCGUCCAAGAGCGAAGGCCACCGCGUCAUUGUGAACAACGGCGCUAAGGUGGGAAGCCGCCCUGGUGACAGUGGCCCCAUGACGGACCAGCUGUCUUUCACCCCCAUCCGCGUUUGGAACGCAGAAAAGACCCAAGAGUUUGUUCUGAACGAUAACCUGUUGAUCCUCAAAUUAGGCAAGUGGAAGUUCAAGUCCGUCACCAUUGUGAGCGACGAAGAAUUCCGCAAACAAGGGCUCACGGCUCCUGGAUGGGAGGAGAUUGAAGCCGAGACGACUGAAUCGGCCUAA